CUCACUCAAUCCAAGAUUCUUUAUUUGUGUAGACCUUCCAAGAGAAGGAACAAUGUGUACCUGUUGAUUAAAUAGGAAAUUCUGCUAGAGUCAUGACAGCCACAUUUAUGCCCCAUAAACUGAAGCCAGGAACUGUAUCUUUGAUAAACAAACAAGUUUCCACAGAGAGUACCCUAGAAUUCAACUUGAUGGGAUUUAGGAUAGAUAUGGAAACCUCUGGGGAUGUCUGUGAAGGAUUAUUGGGGAGUAGAUUUACUACAGUUGGUAAGAUCCACACUAAAUGCUCUUGAGAUCACUUGACCAUUCCAUGGUUUGAGGUCUCAAACUAAGGAAAAGGGAACAGGAGCUGAGCAGCAAGUGUUCCUUGCUUUCUUCAUGCUGAUUUUGGAUGCAAUGAGACCAGCUCCCUCAAGCUCCUGCCACCAUUUCUUCCCCACAAUGGUGGACAUAUCCUUGAAUUAUGAGCCUCCCUAAUUCUUAUUCUUGUUAACUAUUUGCAUCAGAAAGAAGUCAAGUAACUAAUGUUGCCUUCAAGUGUCGAGGGGUGGGACAGGAGGAUGUGAAGGACUAAGAUGCUAAAAUCAGAAAUUAAGCAAAGCAUUUACUAGGGACCAUGUGAAAUAUGGAGUGUUUUCUUGGAUAGCCAACAAAGAAGGGUGUGUUUAACCUACUUAUGUCUGUAGUGAAAGGCCAACAUGUGGAGUUGAAGGAGUUUGAUCACUCUAGUGUAUAUUUAUUUGUAAACACUUGGAAAGCAUGUCUCAGACCUUAAACCAAGACACUAAUUUGAAGGGAGUCUCCAAAAAAGAUGCAGGUGGAAUGGCUCAGAAGGACAUCAGACUAAUCUAUAUUUCUGUCAAGAAGAGUGAAAGAGGAAAGAUCAGCAACUGCAAUCUUAUACUUAUCUUGAUAUUUUGUUCCUGAAAAAUGAAGCCUGCUUUGCCACACACAGAAUUAAAUCACAACUUGCAUCAGUUUUUAUGCUGUUUCUGGCUUCUCUUGGGUCAAAUAAUAGCAAUUCUUCUGCUUUUCUUCCUUCAGAAAAAUGGAGUCAGACCUCUCACAAUCCUUCCAGAAAGAACUCACCUGCUUCAUCUGCCUGAGCUGCCUGACAGACCCAGUCACCAUAAUCUGUGGUCACAGCUUCUGUCGAGCCUGCCUCCACCUUUCCAGGGAAGACAUCCAACCUCCUGUCCGAUGCCCUUUGUGUAGAGAACAAUAUGGGAAGAAAUUGAGAACCAACAUUGUUCUGAAGAAGCUGGUGUCCAUUGUCAGACAAGCCAGCCUCAUGAAGGACCUGAGCUCUGAGGAGCAAAAGUGUGUGACCCACGAGGAUACUAAGAGGAUCUUCUGUGCUGAGAACAGGAUCUUUCUCUGUCCACUCUGCUCAAACUCCCAUGAGCACAGAGGACACAGACACUGUCCCAUUGAAGCAGCUGCUGAGGAUCAAAUGGACAGACUUUUGAAGCAAAUGACAUCUUUAUGGGAGAAGGUCCAAGAAAAUCAAGAGAAUUUAGAAGCAGAGAACAGAAUGAGAACUCUUUGGACGGACUACUUGACUCUUCGGGAAGAAAUGAUCAGGACAGAGUAUAGGAAACUGCAUCCACUCCUCUGUGAAGAGGAAGAGAAACACAUUGAGUCUAUGAGAAAUGAAGGCCAAUGUGUUUUAGAGAAACUCAGGACAAGUGAAACCAUGAUGGUCCAAAAGAGAAAAGAACUAAGAGAAAUGUACCAGGAGCUGCUGGCAAUGUCCCAGGAGCCAUAUGUGGUUCUGCUGCAGGGUUUGGACGACAUGUUCAGAAGAAGUGAGUCAAUGCAGCUGAGCAUGCCACAGCCUAUUAAGACAGAACUCAAUGCCUUACCCAUCACUGGACUGAUCGAAAGUUACAACCAGUUCCAAGUGCGCAUUCCCUUACCAAACAUAACAAUGAUCCAUCACAAGAUAAACCUCUUUAAUGCCAUGAGAAGACUAAGCUUCAGACCUCACCGCACAAACUUAGAUUACCGAUCUUAG